UAACAAUAGGUGAUUUGAUAAAUCUAUAAUUAAGCAUCUUAGUUCACGCCUUUCACCAUGGAACAAAAACAUCCGGUCAUUUACUUCGGCACGUCGACAUUCGGCUCGUCCCAUGUACCCGCGCUACAGGACGAGGCACAUGUAUCCAAGUUCCUCGAUGCCUUACAAGAUGGUGGCAUAACCCAGAUUGAUACAGCCGCUAGAUAUCCACCGGAUAACCAUGGUGCCUCGGAACGAAUGCUUGGGCAAGUGGAAGCUUACUCGAAAGGAUUUACGAUCAACACCAAGGUGCUAUUUGCCGGACAGAAUAGCGCUGGGAGCCUUAGCAAAGAAGCGGUACGAAAGAGUGUCGAAAACAGCUUAAAGAGCUUAGGCGCUGCGAAGAUCAGAAUCCUUUACGCUCAUACCGCGGACCCGGCCACCCCCCUAGCGGAACAGGCAGCAGCGCUGAAUGAGCAAUACCAGAAAGGGUUCUGUGAAAAGAUCGGAAUCUCCAACUUCCCACUCGAUACGCUGAAAUCUUUCGUGGAGAUAUGCGAGAAGGAGGGCUACGUCAAACCAUCGGUGUAUCAGGGGCAAUACAACCUGAUAUGCCGCGGGCCUGAGAAGGAGCUGAUACCGUUCCUCCGAAAGCAUAAUAUGACCUUCAAUGCUUACUCGCCUCUCGGCGGCGGUUUCCUCACCGGAAAGCUAACGUUAGGGACCGCCGAGGGGACGCGUCUUCGAAGCGCUUACGGAGCGCAUUUUGCUCGCUGGUACGACAGACCUGAGUUUCACGAUGCCGUUAGGAAACUUCUAGAGGCGAUCGAACCCCUUGGGAUAAAGCCGUCGGAAGCCGCUCUACGGUGGCUGGCUUACCAUUCUGUCCUUGGGGAGAAAGAUGGGAUUAUCCUGGGCGCUACUAAGGUGGAGCAGCUAAAGCAGAACAUAGAAGACGUCAGUAAAGGUCCUCUACCUCGCGAGAUUGUGGAAGUCAUCGAUGCUAUUGGGGAAACUAUCGAUGCACUAGGCGGGGGCGAUUUCGAAGUGAGACCUACAGAACUACCCCCAAGGUAAACUAUCUCCCGACAGUUUUAUUACUUGAAGUCAU